CGGCGGUUUUUCGUUGCAUGUGUCAACAGAGACUCGGAACGAAUUUCAAAUUUUGCAGGAUCAGAGGCUAAAUUUGAACUCUUCAGAGUUCUAUGCCUACAUAACAGCGAAGCUAGUGUUGUAACUCUGUGUGGGAAUUUUUAACAUCAUUAUUCACUGCGAAAUGUCAAAGCCGUAGUACGUAAGUUGCUUUGUAUCACGUUGUUGGAACUCCGAUCGCUAGCGCGUCACUCCUCGCGGUCUUGUCACCUUUGAACAUUACGCUUCAAAAGAGCAAAUUUUCGGUUCAUAUCAUGUUGAUGCGGAGAGCAAGUCUUGAAAGAUGAGUCGGAGAUCAAGUGUAAGCAGCAGUGUAAGUACUAGCCUCAAAUCUGGCGUUGAAGAUGACCCGUUGAUGCGAGAUUGCUACGAUCUUCGACGAAGGUUACUUCAGACAGAACAAUCCCUUCAAAGUUUGAAUCCACCUCAUGCAACGAACAGGUAAUAUUUCUGAAACGUCGUACAUCUCUAGAACAAAACUAUGUAUACAAUUAUGAAGUAGUUUAUAAUUUUAGUAAGAUUACAACCGCUUUUGUUACAUUUUUGUAUUAUUUCGGACGUCCUGCCAAGAGAUCCGUGGCAAUUAUUAUGAUUCAGUGGCGUUUUGAUCGCGUAGUUCUGAUUGUAUACAGUAAUCACAUUAUGGGAAUUACUUUUGUGUUAAAAUUAAGUACUCAUUAAAAAUAUAAACUGCUCCAUCAUUCAAUCAAGUAAAUUUCGCUUUCGAAUUUCCUUUCGAAAGGAGCGGAUUCAAUACACUCCUCUUCAGAAAGUAGCCGUUCGAGUGCAGCUUCGUGAACGACAGGAUUGAUUGAUUUUCGAGAGCGUUAGACGUUUCUAUGCGUAAUCAGUACAAGGUAAACAUUUCGCACUGUAUGCGAAGUUUGCUUUAGGCUUACACAAUCAAUGCCGUUUUUGAAGAUCCAUCUCUGUCCAAGAAAAGUUAGCAUAAAUUCUGCCAUUUGCUGUGCGAAAUGUGCGAACUACAGUACUAGCCUCUAUUAAAAAUUCUCAAAAUGAUGUUAUUGUUUUUGUCGCGUUCCGACGUUCGUGUAUCGUAACUAAGGGCCUAAAUGUAUACGCGAAAUUUUGUUAAUGUUGAUUUUUCUGCGGUUGAUGUUAGUGCGCCGGUAUAUUUUAACUGAUAUUGAUUUUUCUUAUUUCCACAAUUACCUUGAUUUAUCAAAGAAUUUCUCGUAAUCUCGAGUUACAAGGUUAUAGAUUAUCUUUGUAGACAGGCUACCUAAAACAGAGGGUGGAUUGUUUAGUUAACACGUUUAGACAUUUGAACAUACUUUAGCGGUAAUCGUAAAAUGUUUGCAUUUUCUGUGAUACGGCGUCUUGUUGAAUAAAAACAAUGUUUCAAUAAUUUUGUUUCUAUUAAACUGAAGUACAAAUUGAAAAGGAUAUGAUAUUAAUUUUCGGCUAGUUUCUCAGUUCCUACAAUUUAAGAUGGAUAUGGAAUACAUUAUCGUAGUCUGUUUAUAAAAGUUCACCCACUGAUAAGCUUUAUUGCAGUGGAACCCUGCUUCAUUACCAGAUCAGUGCACAUCUAGGGUUAGUUACCAUGGCAACUCACAUGUUCUGUUUGCAGUUAAAUCAGGAUUAGGACUAAGCUAAGUCUCAGAAACCCUCUUUAAAUGGCAGAGAAUUGGAUCUUCCUGGCAUGAUUUUAAUAUGAGGGUGGAUCUCUCUCUUUUACCUGAUUAACACUUAACAACAGGGCUCAAUCCUUCCUUUUCCUUCCCUUAAACUAUUGUGGCUCCAAUUCAUCUUCGCCUACGAGCAGGCCAAUCGAGGCAUGAUUUCAGGAAGGUGCAAGCUGGUAAGAAUAAGUUAGCUUGCAAGCGGGCUUUUGAUUUUAUGAAUUCCUUGCAUUGACCAAAGAAUGCAGCAAUCUUGAUUAAAAGGCUACAUAACUAUAACAAAAACCACGGACACUGGGCGCAAACAACAUAUUACAUCCACACAUCAAACUUGGAAGGGGGAAGCCAGUGUUCUCCUUAAAUUUUAGUUCAGCAGGUAAGAGAUGCACUUUCCUAGAAAGGAAGUGGGGUGAGGGACAUGACCCUGAUCUCACUGGGAAAUUUGCUUGAUUUUGACUAGGCCAAAGUUAUUUUUGUUGCUUAAUUGUCUCACAUUGUCUGAUUGAGAGGUCAUUUCGUGUGGUUUUUGUUUCUCACAGGGUUUAACAAUCCACAGGUCUGCAACUUUUUGUCAUUUUUGUUUACAUUUGCCUUUUUUAUUGGAUACACCUCAAAAGAGGCAAAAUUAAAAAAAUCAAUGAUCCAUGUGCAGGCUCACUUUUGGCCUCAACCUAUUCUUUUCAUGCUGGUGGCUCCAUCAUCAAAAUUUUACCCACAAUCACACAAGUGAACCUGCUCAAAGGUUCAUAGAUUCAUCUUGCAUCCUUCAUCAUUUAGGUGCGCACCAUAAUAUUGUGUUUCAAUCUCGUGCACGUCUUUGUUGUGAUUUUUCCACUAACCUCAGAUUUUACUUUUAUUUAUGUUUUUGUUAUUCAUACUCCUCUCCGUUGCUCAGCACAGCUUUUCGUUAACCCUUCAGAAAUUUGUUAUUGCAAUUUUUAAUAAAUGUAUAGUAUCUUAAAGUUUUAUAUCUUUUUUUUAUCUUUACUAAAGCAAGACAAGGCCAACUUUAAAGCACCCUUCCCAUGGUACCAGAGCUGAUGCAUUUCGUCCAAGUGCUGAGGAUUUAAGGUUAGUGCAUAAGUGGAGCUCUCUAGAAAAUUUAAAGUAGAAGGAGAAGAUUUUACAUAGGUGGCAGUAGAAAUGAUUGAAUGGCACAGUGUGCCUUUCACAUGAUGCGUCCACUGUGGUGGUAGGUAUGAUAGCUCAUGGUUUGUGUCCAAAGUGCUGCCGAUUUAAGGUAAAAUCACAAGCAGAGCUCUCCACAAAAUUAAAAGUAGAAGCUGAAAACAAUUUAUGCAGUUGGCAGUAGAUACGAUCGAAUGGCACAGAGUGCAUCUGUAGGGGUAGUUAUGGGAAGGAAAGGGGUCAUGAAUCCCCCCUACCUUUAAAGGGAGUCUGAUGGCUUUCCUGGGGCUCUGAAAAGUGCAUUUUAGGGGUGACUAUUGGGAAAAACUUAACUAUUGAAGUUGUCAAAAGGUUGAGUUUGAUCGUCCAGGUGACUCCUGGGUUCAAACCUUUCACAGUAUUGAAGUUGUAUUGCAAUAAGUCACAGAGAUAUUGCGAUAGUGGAGGUACUAUUGCAAUAGUAUUGUGAUAGUUUUCAGCCUUUCCUUCUUCGUUUGCAGUGAUACAAAAUUGGCUGCCAUGUUUGAAGUUUGAAUGAACCUCAGUAAUUUAUGUAAACCCUCUCUAACAUAGACUGAAAGCAGUUCAAUAAUCAAGGCGCUAAAACAUUUUAAAUGUAGGUGCAGUAGGACAGUUAAUUGUUUUUAGUUUCUUGUUUACCAUCAUUGUGACCUUCAGAAUCAAAGAUGGGUAGAAGGGUAUCUUUAUCUGUCCAAAGAAGUUAGAUAAAAAUGUUAGAAACUUGUAUAGAAUUUAUUGAUAGUUCACUACACUACUGCGAUUGUUAUUUAUGUUUCACUUUUAUAAUAGAUCCAUCAGUAUCUCGGCAGUAAUAUCACAGUUAAUUGAUAGUUCAAUGUAUUGUUAUGGCCUUAGUGCAUUCCAGUCUAUGUUGAGCGACCAGGGAAGUAGUUUUAUAGCCACAAGGACGUUGCUUUUGUUUUCCCACAUUUACUUAAUUACUUUUAAAUCUGUUUCCUAUGUUUGCACUUACUGAACAAAAACAUUUAGAAAUAGGAUUUGGAAAAAUUAUUUUCCUGAGUAACUGGGGCUUUCACGAUGACUAGAUAGCACUUUAAUUAUUGCUGGUUGUACUGCUUCUGGAGAACGCUGCUCAUGUUUGUCUUUAUUUUGUCUGCUGUAGGGGAGAAGUGAAGAGUUAGGUACAGUUUAUCUUCCAUUUAGCCCUGCUCCUUUCUAAUAAGCAUAAACAGCCCCUUACCUUUUCCUUCAGAACCUAACUAAAAAGUGUUAGUGGAAGUUGAUUAUCAAUCACUUAAUUAAUUUGCAUUACACUCCAUGAGCACUACCAAUUAUGUAUUCUAUUUUAUGUUGUGAUUUUCUGCUUAACCUCAGUACUUCUAACUCUCACAACUCCACCCCUCAUUAUAAUGCCUUAAAAAAUACCUCAGUUGCCAAUGGGAAUUUAAUGGAGGAUUUACUCUAUUCUUCUGACUUUUACAGUUUAAAUGGCCAUGGUCCAAGAAGGAGUUAUUCAUCAUCCCCAGAAAGUGCAGCAGGUCAGGUGUUGACACUAGCUGACUUGAGUCCAGCAGGCUCAGAGCCAAACCUGCAUUCUAAGGGCCGCGUAUUAAGUACUCCGCUUAUCAGUUCUUCUCAGCCCCUUAGAUCAUCAUAUCCAGACCUCAGGAAUGGUUCCACACACUUGUCACCAAGGGACCAGGAGGUACGCCGUCCUCAUACUUAUCAUAGGUCACAUUUAUAUGCUUUGUUUUUAUUUCAGUUUUGAUAGAUUUCCUGUCUGUGAAUUGAUAUAUAUGUUAGUAUGUGUAAUCAAAUGGUGACUAGUGAAAUUAAUGUUUAGACCUUAAAUUUGGCUUAAGUUCGAAAUUUUCAGAAUUUUUCGUCAAAAUACUUGUUAGAAUCCUUUUUGAUGUGCUCUUUUGUGUGUUCAGGUUUUCUAAAGCGUCUUUUUGUGCCCUGACAUCUUCAUUCACGGCAUUUAAAACUUCGUCACCCUCUUGACUCUGAGACAUAUGGAAGGUUGCCAAUGUGAAAUUACAAAUUAACGCUGAAAUUUCGCGCCAAAAAUAAGGAGUAAUUCAUCACCUAUGAUAUUACAGGUCAAAUUUGAUUUCCUAAGGUUAAAUUCUUUUAACCUUGGUUGACUCUCAAUUUCCUUUGUCUUCUAUGCCUAGGAGACAAUGAAAAUUGAGAAUCAACCUAGGUUAAAUCAAAAUUAACCUGAAACCAAAUUUGACCUGUAACUAUUAAAGUCAAAAUUAAAUUGAGGUUAAAAUUUUUUAACCCAGGGUGAUUCUCAAUUCCCUUUGUCUAAUAAGUGUAAUCAUAGUAAUAAUCAAAUAUUUAUCCAGGAUAACCCUACAGUACAAAGUAUUUUUAUCAACAGGGUCCUGUUGACUAACAAUUAAAAACUAAAAAAUAAGAAUUACUAAUUAAAAAUGAUAUAUAUAUAUUAAUACUUUUUAACAGUUGAACCUGUGUGCAACAGCCCUGUAUUAAGCGGCCAGUUUUCGAAGUCAUGAUUUUUCGCUAUAUACAAAUGAACGUAUUUGUUACCUGUAUUAGGCGGCCACCCUACACAGACCAAUGUUUGACUUUCUUUGUUAUUGUUGUUGUUAACUGUUUUGUUUAUUUUAGCUGGAUAGCCGGUCAUUUGGAAGUGCUAGUGACUAUGAUCAUGACGCAAUGAUUAAAAAACUUUCCAGGCAGCGUGAAGAAAAUUCCCAGCUUGUCAAUCAGAAUCACAAGUUAAUGACAGAACUGGAGAAUCUUAGUUAUGACCUGCAUCAAGCUAGAAACAAGGUUAGUAAAAAAAAAAUAGGCCUGGUGGAUUCAGGAAGUAAAAACAGUUACUAAGUAUAUAUUAUUGCAUACUGUAUGUUAAUAAAUUUAGAAAGGGUGUUUAGAAUAAAGUGCCAAAAAACAAAACAAGCAACUGCUGUGAAACAGCAGUUCUCCUUCCAGUUAACCUUCAGAUCUAUAUAAUUACUUAAGUGAUCCAAAAGAAUAUUUUGCCACUUAGAGUACUGCAGCUUUCUGUUUGAAAUAAAAUAAUAUCAGCUUCCAAAGUUCGAGCAUGCACAGAUUGCAAAAUUUCAAGAUGUCCCCUUGACUUUACCUUUCGCUUGAAUCUCUCCUCUCCUCUUUCUUUCACCUGCCUUGCCUUAAGUAGUCUUGCAUCCUUUUGCUGGGCUUCAUUUCUAUCAUGGGAAAAGUUUUGGGAAAUCAGUUAGGAUUAUAGUGCCAAUUUCCUUUUCAAGUAAACAUUGCAGACCUGGCAGAAGUACUUUGAGUGUCAAUAUAAAUUAACUCUUUCCAACAAUACAUCUCACCCUACAUACCCCUAAACGCCUUUGAACUCACUUCCCCAAUCAAAUCAGAGAUCUGCUCCAGCUUAUGUUAUGCUACAUGUGCCUACAAAACUUAAGUGUAUAACUAUUUGAACCUUUGACCUGGAAGGGAGUGGAAGUAUGGCUUUUUUUUUUAGUGUGACUAAUUCGUUAUAAUUAUUUUAACUACAUUUCUCUUGCCAUAAAGGUGAAAAUUCUAAGUCAAGAGCUUGAAGUUGAGAGGAAAAGGUUGCCACCUUUAGAAGACAGGAUAGUGAGUUUAGAGUCCAACUUAGCCUCACAAGAGGAUGCUGUCAGGUAACUACAGUCAAACUUACAUAAAGCAGUCCAAAAAAAUUUAAAUCAUAAAAAUAGUAAUAAAGUAAUAAUAAUAAAGCGGUCUCCCUUGACUGGGUGUGGCUAGGCUGGGACCAGGCUCCACAGUUGGCGGGAAAGGGGAAAAAAUUGUCGAACAAAGUGAGCCGAGCCGUAGUCCGGAGAGGGGAACGGCAGCAUCAAAGGCAUGUCUCCAGGCUCUGCCGUCUUUCCCCUUCCCCAGUGUACUACUCAGCUCGCUGAUUGUUUUACAUGUAUGCCAUUUCGCUCUAUUUUUUGCCCUUUUCCCAACAAUGCAGCCUGGUCCCUGGCUAGGGAAUGGCCAACUGACCGCUUAAUACAGGUUGAAUGUUUAAUACAGGUUUGACAAACCUAACAAAAGAAAGAGAAAUAAAAAAAUGGUGACAAAAGGAAAUAUUCAUAACAUGACGAACUUACCUCAAAGUGUUUCUACCUCUUCUUGUGCCAUAAGAAAGGGAUUAAAGUACAUUGAAUGCCAUACACAAUGUAUCUAUUGCACUCGUAUGGCUACAACAUGACGAAGUGAUUGUUUAACAGAGGUGAAAGUAAUAAAAAGUAACUCAGUGGGACCACGGAAAAGGCUGAGAGGGGCUGAUGAAGGGCGACUUAACUCAGGUCCGCUAAAUGCAGGUUUGACUUUAAUAGCAUUUACUAGACAACUUACUUGAUCCUGCAAAAGCCCUUGGCUGGUGCAUGUAACUUAUGGGUGUUACAGCUGUGAAUUAACACACAAACCUCCUUGUUACUUGUCAUAUCAUGUUUCUUGGCUUUGCAGAUAUGCAGAGCAGAAUAUGCGAGACUGCCAGGAAGAGCUUCAGUCCAAAACAGAAGAACUCAGAAGUGUACUGGAAUCAUCCACAAUAGCUGAAAAUGAGCUGAGAGAGGAAGCCAAGCUUAGAAAACGGUAUUACUUACCAAUGACUCUGACUAAAAAAAAUAUGUCAUUGUCUUGAUACCUUUGGGCCACAAUAUGCUCUGAAAUGUCCUUCAUAUUAAACAGUUAGAACUUCAUAUUUCAGUGCAAAAGUGAGCAAGUUAUGAUAUUUGAGCCUACAAGCUGUACAAUGUACUUCUUACAAACUGGCACUUCACACUGUCAGUAGUGAAAUUGACAGUUAGUGACUGUUUACCUGUGAAAGAUGCCAUACAUUAUUUAAUCAAUUAUGUUGAUUGUUCAGGGCUUUUCAUCUUGUUCUGGUUUGAGAUCAUUUUCUUAUUCAGCUGCCAAACUACAAUAAUCUCAACGUUUCAAUCAAAAGCUCUCAUUCUAUUAAUAAUUUUGUGAAGAAGAAUUGGAGUAAAUCAUUUCUAAUUAGAUUACAUGACAUGUUACUUAUAUUUUGGAAGUAUAAUUAGUUUGAGACAUUGUAAUUUAUUUUAUAUACAUGCAUAUAUAUUGUAAUUGUAUACAUGCAUAUAUAUUGUUUUGGUAUAUUUAAGUUUUUAAUUUACACAGCUUCAUCAAUGUAAAUCAGUGCUCAACUGUUUGAAUUCUGUGCUAAGUAAAGUUUCUCUUCUUACUAUUCUAAAGGCUCCUCUCACUUAGUUCUUCUUAGAAGAAACAUUUAACAUAAAGUUUAGUGGAAAUUCUGUUAGGGGAACACCCUCAGGUGGGGACGACAGGGUGGUCGCUAAAUGAAGGUUUGGCUGUAGAAGGCUAUUUUUACAUGUAGAAAAUUCUACAUGCACCCAUAGUGGUAUUAAAUAUCAAUGAUAUGUGUCUCAUCAGUGGCCUUUUUUUAAAUAGAGCGGAAGAUCAUCUUGAAGAAUCGUUGAGAAAUGUUGAAGAGCUAUCAGACAAACUGGCUGAACUGGAGACAACAAUCAAAUCGCUUAGAAAACAGGUGUGUUAAAUGACUGUAUCUUCAUACAUCUACUUUUUUUCUGCAGAAAAUUGUGCUUGAAAACAGAAUGUCAUGACCAGUUAUUGAUCCGACUAAGCUUAUCUGUUUAAUAUAUUUCUUCGCAAGUAUUUUGAGCGAGCCCUUUGCUUAUAUUGGACUUUAUAAAUGUAUGUAAAUAAUUAAUACGUUUGGUUGAUUGAUUGACUGACUGACUGAUUGAUUUUUCAUCAAAGAAUUCUGACCGUGAAAAACACUGGAAAGAAACUCAUUCCCAAUCUCAACGUGAGAGAGAAGAGCUGUUAGAGAGAGAGUCCAUGUUACAAGCACAGAUAUCUGACCUUCAAGAAGAGAUAAGGUUAGCAAAUACCUUUGUUACAAUAAUUAGUUAAGCGAUUGUUCAUUCAUAGUCUGAAUUUUCAGUAGCCGCCAGUAGGCGUUCCAUUGGGGGCCAGCGCUGAAUGGUAAGUUUGUUGAUCGUUUGGCAGUAAGUCUGGAUUUGUAAAACGUCUUGGUAGGCCUCACUGAUCAUCCUUUCUGUGUCUCUAUAGUUUCAACUCGAUAUUUCUUUUUAGGCUACGAAAAUAUAGUCGUAGCGUUGUUUUAGUUUUUAUAACUUACGUUGUAGUUAAGCCCAAGAAGACUAGCAAAAUUGUGGUACUGAUUCAAUAAGAAAUGUUUUGACGUGGAAACAUGGAAGACCAAAAGGCAACUUCUAUUUUCUCAUAUAAAAACGAAGCUUAAUUUGUGUUUAUCGCGAAGUACUGUGAAGCGAUGCUGAAUAGAGUCAAAGCAAACGCGAUUUCUCUUCAAAAUGCACUUUGAGUGAGCAGCGUGCAAAGAAAGAAGUGUCCGAUAGCCCGGGGCUAGUGAACUUUUCUAUGGGGCUAUUGAAUUCUGUUUUUAACUUGCCCGACGGGCAAGUGAUGUUUUUUGAGGAAUUUGAAUAACAGAAGAACUGUGAAAUCAAUUCUGCUCAUCAAACACUUUUGUGACUAGUUGAAAUGAUGUCUGGGCUAGUAAAUGCUAGCUUCAGCUUGCCCGAAUGGCAGGCUGUAAAAAUGAUUUUAUUUGCACCCUGGUGAGUCCUGGGGAAAGAAAGCCCUUACUUUUUAUCUAAAUUCAACCGGCCCCCUCAGUGUCCUCAUUAACGGGGUUUGACUAUAUUCAGAAUGACUUUUUGUUUUAUGUCAAUCACUGCAGACUCCUCCAGGCGGAAAGUAGCGCUAAAGAAGACAGCCAAACAUCCAUGCAUCACGAGAACACUAGCUUACGGGCCACUAUCUCACGUCAGAGUCAGAAAAUUGGUAGAAUUGAGAACGAGCUGAGGAAAAACGAGUUGUUGUUGAAAGAUCAAGGAGACUUGCAAAGUACUGUGGAGAAACAGAGAGAAAAAAUCGUACAAUAUCAACGGGAGAUUGAGGAAACCAAGCUGCAUAUGGCGCGACUAGAAGAACUUGUGCAUCAGGUUCAGGAACAGAGUAUGAAGGAGCACGUGACAGCCACGCCUUCGGUUAGUAUGAUCGAAUAACCCAGGGAUUUAUGAGACGUUAGUCUCUCCGUUUAUCACGUGAGUGAUCACUUGCAUGUCGUUCACAAUUUCACAGUUUUUCUCGUUCGGAGGUUGCGGUGGAAAGGCACUGUGUCGAAUUGCCCUAUGGGAUGGGAUCACCGCAGUCAAACGAGACAAAUUUGCAAAACUAAGCAAAGUACUUGAAAGCUGAGAUUGUAUCCUUCACUGUCUAAAGUUAAUUACCAAUAAGUUGUUAAUUUAAUAAACGUUUAGAAAUUAACGAGAAAAAUUGUGUUUGAAAACUAAAUUUGAUGUUACUGUCAGCGCCAUUUGUCAAGGGUUUUCGUGCGUUUGCGCAACCGUUUUUAAUGAAAAGUAGCUUAUUAUUUUAAGGAAGACAGUUACAUCAGCCUAUUAUGAAUACAUCUUUACCUAUGUUCCACUUCCUGAUAGAUGAAAUCCUAUAAAAUAAAAAAAACAAACGCUGCAGACGUUUGACUGCGCUGGACCCUAUGGGACAGACAGAUUGCCAAAGGAAGAAGCGAUAGUGCGUUGAGGCGGGGAGGGGGAGGGGUUGCGGUCUCCCAAAACAGUUCCAUGCUGCAGUUCGAUAGAACACACGUGCGUUGUCUCGAAAUGACCAAUAGCGUGAUGAUUAAUUUUCAGACAAGUGACAGCGGUAUCUGUAGUAGUACCCAGACCAUGAACGGCUACUAUAGCAUUAGUCCGCGUAAUAUGGGCAACAGCUAUAUAGAGGAUGAACACGACCGUGAUCACGUGACGGGCAGCGGAGGGUCGGCGCGGGCAGUCAUUGCAGAUCUUAAGCUUAAACUGGCCGUGAAAGAAGCUGAGAUACAGAAACUACAGGCCACCGCUGUAGCAAGGGCAGCAGCGCAGCAAAAACACAUUGCAGGUAUGCUUGGAUAUUACUUUGAACCUUUUCCUGCGGGAAAAAAGAAAACUACGUUUGUGUCUGCUUCAUUUUGAGUUCGAAAUAAACAUGGCACUUCCCACGAAAUGUGAACGCGAAGCACGGUGAUAAAAGGCAAUUUCCAGCGGUAUUUCUCUCAUUAUACCUUGUCUGUCCUUUCCUUAUCUUAAUAUUCAAUGUUCUCGCACGACAGGCUCACCUGGUAUUUUCCGACAGUAUUAUAGCAGCCAGUCAUGCGUUUUACCGACUCUACCAAAGCGUGAAAUAUAUUUCCGAAAGAUUUAGGUGGUAGGGAAUUCUCAUGAAAUAGCACCUGUGCGGCUGAGACAGCAACCGCCAAAUAUAGUAAUCGUUGGACCUGCGAAUCUUUGGAUAAGAUAAGCUUUUGAAAUCAAUGUUGCCGGUAAAUGAGAUUUGCUAAGCUUUCAAACAUGCUAGAGAUUUUUUCAAGGAGUUUAACCGCUCUCAUUGCGGCGGUAUCUGAGUCUUAUAAAAGGUCAUUCUCUCCUUACCUUGACAAAGCAGGCAAAGGAAUUGAGUGUACUUAGUUUUAUUCGUUCCAUUUUUCCUUAGAAUGAGCUCAUGAUAAUGUCAAUGAACGAUCGUCUUUCUGUACUGUCUAAACCCUCUUUUGCAAAACCAGGAAACUAGUUUUAGGCCUACAAAAUGGAAAUUGUCUUGUGUUUGAAAGGUGUUUUAUUUUUUGUUCUCUUAGGUUUAGCCGGUGAUGGCGGUGUUAUGGAUGGUUUAAGAACGGAGCUGUCCGCUAUUGUCGAGCGAAGUCGAAUUGGUGAUCGUAAACAACAAGAACUAGAGCAGAUUAUAACACGACUGGAGGAUGAAGUAUCGCGCUACUCAACACAGACCAUACAGCUAGAAGAACGGCUGGCGGACAAGAUGGCGCAAAUUGCGUCCCUGGAAAGCAAGCUCGGACAAAGAAAUCUUAAGGUGGUUGAUUUACAGAACGAACUGGAGGAAAAGAUUACUGAAAAUAACGUACUACAGCGAGAGGUGAGAAAAAAAUCCAUUAGACAGGCCAUGGUCAGAAACGAUCUUUUCAUCGACGUUUCUGUAAAUGUUAUUACGAGGCUUGCGGACAAUUCUGGAACUCAUAAGUGGAUAGAUCGUAGUAAUGGUAUCAAAUAAGUUCCAAAACUUUUGGCAAACGAGUUAUGAUCGUUUACUUGACAUGGCGGGUCGUUGUACACAAACCAUGACCUGUUAAUAUCAACCGUUUUAUAAUUUAUUUAUUUAAAUUUUCAGGGUUCUCAGUAGUAGCCGGCACCCGGCGAUUGAUCACCGCCUACUUUGAAAUUUCUCGCCGUUUACUUUGCAUUCCAUUUGUGCUCAGGUCUUUCCCUUUCAUCUAAUUUGGUUUACGGUUUUUUAAAACUUUAAGUACUUAUCACUUAAAGUAAGAGCUUGAAUUGAUUAACUACAUCCUGUCAGACUAACAAGGCAAGAUACAAUGGUCUGUAAGUCAGUUCUUCGAGGUGGCUCAGAAUCAUCGGUUUUUGGAAGUGAGAAUAAGAGGAAAGCUUAAACAGCAUAACUAUUUUCUUUAAUUGUAGAAAACCUUUUCCUCUUGUGUAGUUUUGUAUUCCAAAUAUUUAAAACGAUUACCUCCCUUUUUUGGGCUGGAUCCUUCUGACGACUGCCUAGCGCUCGAAAGAUCAGCUUUUCAAUCUUUUAAGGUUAUGCUUUAAACCUACUUCAUCAACUCAGCUGACAAGCAAAAAUUUUGUAUUUCCUCUUUCUAAGGUCCGUCAAGCCACGUCACAUUUAAGUAGCAUAGAGAAACAGCUAAAUGAGAAGACGUCACAGUCAGGAUUACACUCAGCAAAAUUACAAGAAGUUCAAGACGAAAUGGAAACCAGAAGCCGGAGGAUUCGAGAACUAGAGGGAACACUGGAAGCUAAAGAUAUUGAACUUAAGGAAUCUGCUUCACUGGUGGACAGAGUAAAGGCCUUGCACAGUGAACAGUGCCAUGAAUUGCAGCGACAGAUAGAAGAGGUAGGCAACUGACACUACCAAACUUGAGAUCAAUUAAGGAUUCUGGGAAACUGCUCGCCUACCUCUCCCCUAAGCUAACAUUUUGCAAAGCAAGUGUUAAUAUUAGCUUAAGGGAGGGGUAGGUGGGCAGUUUCCCAGAAACCUAAGUUGAUCCCAAACUUGUUUCUGAUAUCAUUUGAGGCCUUUGGAUACUAAGACGAGGACGACCAUGAGAACGAGGUUUUCUCAGCACUAAGCAGUGCUCGCGCGUGACUGAAUCAGCGUCAUUUUGGCGGGAAAACAUGAUAGCCGUGGUCAUUCUACUACGGGUUUUUAAAAGGGUCUCGCGUAUCUUUUGACCCUCAAAGUUUGGUUCUCCUUUACAAGCUCCGUUAAUGAUACCAAAUACUCAUUCCUCCACCAACACAGCACCAGUGUGGCCUUUUUACACCACGCUAUAUCCAUUUAAUCUCUUUUACAACUUUGCCAAGUACGGGGCCAACUGAUGGUACUAAACAUUUUAAUUUUUCUUUUCAGUUACAGAGAUCUUUUGAAGAGAAAAACGCGGUCAUAUCUCAGCUUGAAACAUCUCUGGCAGCUUCACGGCAGGAGUUGAAUCUAAAAAAAUCAAUCGCUGACCAAAUGGAACGCGCCCUGCAAGAGCAGAAGCAAGAAAUUGAAUCACGUGAUUCGCAGUCAGUUCAGCACGGUAAGAAACUGGAAAAACUAGAAGAACAGGCUGACAAAGCCACGCAGCAGGUUAGAAAGAUGGAGGUAUCAUUAGCGGAGUGCCACAAGGAGAUUGAGAUGUACGUGGAACAACUGAAGCAAGUGCGUAGUGCGCAUGAGGAGGAACUUGAAGAAAAACGACUGGGGGUGAGUUGUAAGGUCUUAAGAGGGAGUUUUAGAACUGUACUUAAAAUGCUAUCACAUUUUUAAAACGCUUUCACUUCCAUGGGAAGAAAUAGGUACCAGCUUUCAUACUUAGAGGAAAGAGUUUCUUACCUGUUUAACUGACAGACCAGGGCUAGAAAUUAACGCUCGCAAACUUGCAAAAUGCGAGUGAUUUUGAUAAUCUGCGAGUGAGAAAAACAUCAACUAGCAACCGUUUGCGAGUUGGAAUCAUCCAUGUCUCCCAAACAAAGGGAGAGAAUUUGCUAGUGGUCUCACCAGUUUGCUAGUGGAAAAAAAUCUUUCUAGCAAAACUUUGCAAGUGCACUAAAAAGUUAACUUCGAGCCCUGACAGACGUGCCACCAUCACUAGUUCCGAUGAAUUAGGACCUUGCUUUUUUACGAUUUUAAAAUCGUAGCCUUCCAGGUUAAUAUAAUUAUUCGGCUUCGUUUUCGUCGUGUUCAUUGUUGUCCAUUUGCAUAAGCAUUAUGAUAGAAGGGCGCGCAUCUCAUGUCUUGCAAAUCCACCUGUUUGGCUUUACAAAACUCUAUGCUUAACUUGUUUUUGUUUUGGUUGGAAAUGGAAAGCAACAACUGUCCUUUUUUAUUUUGAUUCGUUUAUUUCCUUGCUUAUUUUCAGAUAUCCAAGUUGGAAAAAGCGUUACAACAGACUUUAACUGACUUACAUACGAAAAACGAACAGAUUGUUCAUCUAGAAGGAAUAGUGGCGGACCAACAAAAUGCCCUCAAAAAAGAACAAGAAAGGAUGCGUGAUUUGGAGGAAACGCGCACUCACCUUCAGCAACAAGUUGCCCUUCUAGAAGAAGAAAUCAACCGUGAACGAAACACAUCACAAGUAGAGUCCAGUGAUCUGCAGCAAAGACUGCAGGACGCCAAAGACGAUAUUGACGAAAGAACGCGACAAAUUAACGAACUUAACUCAACCCUUAGAGGGGUCCACAAGGACAUGAAACAAAGUUCAGCGAGCAUUGUUGAAUUAGAGCAGCUUCUACAACAGUCUCGGUCCCAGUGCGACAAGAAAACUGCGCAAGCGCAGACUCUUGACCAGGCCCUCAAGGAAACGCAGCAACAGCUGUCUGCGAUGACAAAGAAAAACGGGGAACUGGAGGAGAGGUUACGACAGAUGGAGAACGAAUUUACAGAAACAACGGAACAGAAUGCGCAGCUAGAUACCGAGGUAUUUGAUAUUGCCGCUUCGUUUUGUCAAUUUUGACAAUUUAGUGUCGUUACUGGUGACGGUUUGGCCAGGUGUUGUGGGUAGAGGCCCCCAGGUCCCCCAGUGGGUGUUGGGAGUAUUGCUUGGAUCCGGCCCGAGCGGCUGCGAAGUAAAUAUUUUGCGAAGUUUUCCAAAAGGAAUGGCGUGAAACAUUUGAUUUUCUAACCGGAAUUUCCGGUUUUCCUACCUAAAUGGUAUUUACCCCUUUAUCCCGGAUGUCCCGGGUUCAAGUGCGCCAUUCCCACUCUCCUUUAUUUGCUUCUCGGUAGUCCUGAGUGCUGAUUAUCACCGUGCAUGUACUAGAAUAGCCUGUUCCAGGCUCCGAGAUAGUGGUGAAAAGUCGUUCCGCACUAUACUAUCUGAGAGCCUAGCACAGGCUAGUACUAGAAAUAACCAAUUGGUUUUCCUAGUUAAGUGCGUCACAGAGGAUCGAAGAAUUCUUACGUGUACAUGGGAUUUCCCUUACAUCACCGGUAUGGAAUUUCUUGCGCUCUUUUCUCGAGCGUCUAUUUACGGGGAAACUUUUGGUCGCGUCGCGAAAUGUCGGCUUUUUUCUCGGGCUGUCUUAAAUAUAAUAUUGUCGUUUAGGUGAAUAAAAUCCAGACGGAAUUACAAGAUACCAUCACGCAGCUAAAAUCUCUCCAAGAUGUACUACAGACGAGCCAGAAAGAGGUACAGGAGAAAGAAAAGAAAGUCGAGGAACUCGAUAAAAUGUUGAACGAAAGCAUGGAGGAACUUCAGCAGAAGGAUAAAAACUUAAAGGAGAAGGAAAGCAAAGUUGUCGAGCUUGACAAAGCUCUUAAAGAAAGACAGUGGGAAUUAAAGCAAAAGGCUGCACAGGUAAGGAGGAACUGGGAUAAGAUGAGAUAUACCUAACAUGAUGAAGGAUGACUAGUUUGCAUAGUUCGUUCGUGUUAGGGUUUAAAAAUAUCACGGCUUAACUGACAGAAACUCAAUAAAAUCGCACUCGUUUAUUUGACUCUUCAGGUGAAUAACUAGGGUUUAAAAUGAUCAGCUGACUAUAGGUAGUAAAGUGUAAUGGUCAUGAAGCCGGAAAGGCUUUUUAGUAUUUUUUUAAGUUAUCUUUUGUGGUCUGUCUAUGUGGGACAAAAUAGCCAACCGACCGGCUUCCAUGAAGUUAUUCUAUGACAUUUGUGAACUAAAAAACAAAUGAAUAUGCAUGGCCCGGUAGAGGUCUGCCAAUACAAACUGCAGCUUUUUUCUCGCCCUUGAUUUUUUGUUUUCUUUCGUAGCUAAUCUCCUCUACUAACUAUGAGCCAAUGAUGCAAAAUUUACCUUGACCCUAAUUAUGACUUGCGCACACGCUGUUGAAACGUCAGUCAUUGUGUGACCAGCAUUCGUAGGCUGUACUUGACUGACCUGGACGAUCACAUUCAACCUACUUGGGACUUGAAUGUUUGAUUCAAACCUUGAGUCCUCUGUAAAGGCAGUGUUAUGAAUAAUUUUGCAUUCCUGAUUUGACACGAGCACAUGUAAAUAACGGACUCCUGCAAGCACUUCAGUCAGUCAGUUGAUGCCAUCCAAGUGUUCUUUUUCAAAGACCAUAUUUCCGUACUUAUACCGCCAAUUGAGGGAUAGUACUAAUAUUAAAUCCUGGAGUUGAAAAAUCAUCGUGUCCUUUAAACACAGGUGGUCCACACAACCAUAGUGACCGUUGUAAGUAAUGUUUGAAUUUAAUGGGAAUGUAAUAAGGAUGUUUAUGUUUCGUAUCUUUUUUUGCCAGGUUACCCAGCUGGACAUGACCAUGAAGGAACAUAAGAGUGAAUUGCAGCAAAAGGUCAUCACAUUAGAGCAUGCGCUUAACCAGGCUCGCUAUGAACUCAGCGAGAGAGCAGUGGAGGUGAGACAUUCUAGAGCCUUUUUCUCUGUGUUUGUUGUUUUGUUUUUUGUGUGUGCUGUGUUGCAAACCGUAAGUCAGACUAUGACGAAAAGAUUUUCACACUGAAAGGAAAAGGAAAGCUUUCAGCAACAACAAAGACGCUUGUCGACCCUGCAAAGGAAUUCAACAGUCUUUGAUUCUGUACUUCACGCCGUGGAUUCCGGAUUCGCCAGGUACUGGGCUCGGUGGGUCAAACAGGGCCCGAUUCCUGAAAGGCUGACUAGCCCUAAUCCAGGAUUAAAAUUUUGUUCCAAUUUUUAUAUUUACCUGCCUUCACAUGGCUUAGAGUAACAUAUUGUGUCAUCAUUACUGUAUCUCAGGGUAAAGGCUCAACAGUAUUUUGUAAGCUUGAGUUACAUGCUCUUAGACAAGAAAACCAGGCUUAAAGUGUGGCUAAAUCUUAGGUUAAGCUUAACCAUCUUGCGAGGAACCGGGCCCUGGAUUCUGGAUUCUUGACAGUAGAACUUCUAUUCCAGAUUCCACUAUAUGGGUCGACACUCAGACGGGUCAGCCCUUCGUAUCGCAUCACUUUCUGCCGCUCUCGUGAGUUCGGUCUUUGUUUUAUUCCAGGCAAGAAACUUUUCUACUCAUCACUCUUAUUCUUUCAGCAAAGCUACUCUCUAAGAAGUUCGUUAUAUUUUUUCCCUAAGAUCUCUGAAAUAAAAGCCAGGCGAGAUCAGAAUCAAGAGCAGGAUAAGCAAAAGAAAUCCAGGAUUGAGCAUUUGGAGAAAACGGUGAAGCACCAACAACAAGAACUGAAGAAGAGAACUUCGCAAGUGUCCGAGCUAGAAAGAGUAAGCAAACCAUUAGAAACGAGUUGUUUGUUGUUGUUGUUGUUGUUGUUGUUUUGUUUCCUUGUAAAGUAGUUGUCGCAAAAACAGUGAAUGACAACAGAAACUCAUAAAGGUUUGAACCGUGUAACUCGCGUUCAUUGCUCGUGAAUAUUCAUUUUUUUUUAAGUACUAUAUUUGGAAGCUCUCGCUUUGCACAUUUCUUUGCCGUCAUUGCACGACUACGACAUGAAAGUGCCAUUUUGUGGAGGGUGAAAACACAAUACAGCGACUUUCUUUUUCUUUUCCUGAACUACGAUACAGUCUUAAGAAGAACUCAACGUAAUGGAAAAAGCGAGAACAUGGAGUAAAAUUUAACGUCACGUCAUUUACGAAGUUUGAUUGGUCAGUUAUCUCUCGUUUUACAAUGAAAACGAAAAUUCACGAGCAUCGGCAAAGCAAACAUAUGACAUUUGAACGUUUCAGCCCCUUAUGAGUUUUUUAUGACAAGUUGUAACUGUUUUUGUUAAUUCACAAAGUCAGUGCCUUUCUUGUUUACUCCGUCACCAUUCUUUUUCUAGCGUUUAAAAUUGAUAGACAACUUACAACUCUAAAUGUCUGACUGAGGAACAAAACUGAACCAUUACUGCAUGUUUGCCCCGUGAGGAGGGAAGACGAGGGGACCAAGUCCGCUUACCCUUUCUUGCCAUCUCUUCGUCCUAUUCCCGCUCAUUUAGUCUGCUACACGGCCGUUUUCAGUGUCGUCAGGAGCGUUGCGUGACGACACUAAAAACGUCUGUCUAGAAGACUACCGCUCAGUAGACUAGAGAAAAUUAUCAACAAGCAAAAUAAAUUUAACAUGCUGUUCCCUUUCGUCCUGGUUGUCAGGAGAUCAACAAGUUGCAGAGGAGGCGUGAAGAGUCUGAGGAGACCAGUCAGGAGUUACGUUUGGCGCGUGAACAGCUUCAAAAUACGGUAAACUUUUAUGCAUCCUCAGAUAGGUGUUCGCCGCACAUUUAGUCGUUUAGUUUCGGACUUUCCGUUUUUAUAUCUCGUUAAGAAUUAGAAAGUUGACAUGCUCGAAGGCGUUCCUCUGCCAUUUUUUGCUCAUUUGGCUCUUGUUUAACCUUGGUUUUAAUAACUUGUAUACGCAGCACGCGGAGCUGAUGGAAGCCCGCCGUGAUCUCUUGAAAUGUCAAAGAACUGAACAAGAACUAAUCCGGGAACUUGACGAUGCACAUGCGCUGUUAUCCACAAAGGAAGCAGACUGCACGAGGCUUGCAAAGGAGCUUGGGGCUGCGCAAGUACGAGAGGCUCAAGCUGAGGCGAAAUGCGUGCAUGAAGUAAGAAAGGCUCAGCAACAACAUGAGCUCAAACAGGCCACCCAGGAACAUGAGGUAAGCGAGCUUCGACUACUAGGUACGUCGUUAAGUAUUAGAUAGGCAAGGUUCUCUGGUGAUCGGCGAAAAUUGCCGUCUCGCCGACACAGUAGCGUCGGCUACUUCAAAUCAUUAAGAACGGGUUUAUAUUUCAAAAUAAAAAACCUCUCUUUGUUUUUUCUCAUGCCCUCGGAGGGGCUGAGAAUCUUGUAAAACGGAAAGAUAGUAAACUGAGGAGUCAAUCCCGCCGCACAUUCAUCGAUAUGCUUACUGACUCCCAGCAUACGUGUGUGCGGGUCUCUGAUUUUUUUUUUAUGAACUGUCACUCUAUUUCUCAGGACAUCACCAGUUUCUCCUAUAUAAUUAUGUCCACAUCCUGCACAUGUUAUUACGUAAAUCAAGUUCGUUGAGGUGCAGUUCAUCGAGUGUUUUAUCCGAAAUGUUUCAUUCGUGGCGGAGAAGGUAAAUUCUUUACCCUGUUUUAAAUAGGGGCAUGUUCCGCACCGUUUUGUUCCACAAAUUUUAACUUCCGGAUCAGUGUCCUUUAGCCUGGAGAAAUAGGAGUUAGUUAACAUUCGUUUGAGGUUUCGGGGUUGUCGCUGUCUGUGAAUUACUUUAGUCUUGCUCAUAAUGGAUUUUAAUGAGGAGUUUUGGUUUAACAUGGGAAGUGUUCUCCUGACCAGCUGGAAUACUUGCGGAUUGUUGGGAUUGUAAGUUGUUACCAGACAAAGGAGGUUAUUUUCGGUAGCUUGCUCUCUCACCCUUCUUAACUCUUCCGUUGUCAGGGUUGUCAGUUCAUAAACAACAAAUCAGAGACCCGCACACACGUAUGCUGGGAGUCAGUAAGCAUAUCGAUGAAUGUGCGGCGGGAUUGACUCCUCAGUUUACUAUCUUUCCGUUUUACAAGAUUCUCAGCCCCUCCGAGGGCAUGAGAAAAAACAAAGAGAGGUUUUUUAUUUUGAAAUAUAAACCCGUUCUUAAUGAUUUGAAAUUACGCUAAUUGCUCGCGCGUGCUACGAAUUACAAGAGCCAUUAUAAUUGUAAUUACAAUUACGUCUGUGACGUAAUAAGUGAAUAAAAACACUUUGCUAUGCCUGAAGAGCCGCAUAUAUAUAUAUAUAUACUAAAAACAAUGAAAAACGAAAGUCUUCUUUGCUUUUGCGCUAUAUAUAUAUAUAUAUAUAUAUAUAUAUAUAUAGCUAACAAUUAUAUAUAUAUAGUGUGUGUGUUUGUUUUUUGUUUUUUUGAAGUGGGAUAAUAAACCUGUCGUAUUGGUUUUGUUAAGCUUCUCAUCUCAUUCGUUUGAUAAAAACCAUUUAACUACUGUAACAAAUAUUAUAAAAUAAAUUAAUUGUCUGUGUGGUGAAUAAAGGUUCCAUCUUCAUGGAUAUUAAUCUGACAGGAGAUUUAUUCAAAGCUACGGUAAACUCUCAUUCUUCGUCAAUCUCAAAGACGCGGAUAUCAGUUAAAAUAAGGUCGUUGUUCGUUUUCCUCAGGUCCAACGGUUACAAGAAGAUCACGUUAAAGUGUUGGCACAAAAAGACGAAAGCGAUGCAAAUCAUCGCUUGGAGAUCACGCGGCUACAAGAGCAGGAAAGACGCUUAGGACAAGACUUUGCGCGUGCGCAGGAGCAAAAUAAGACAUUGAUAGAGGACAACAGAAGCUUGGCUUCUGAACUAGUCAUGUAUCAAGAGGAUGCUAAAGCGAUGAGUGAGACGCUUGUGAUCAAAGACGCAGAGGUAUCGUCAUUAGUACGUAGAGUGCCCAAGUCGCAUACCUUGCCCUUUCACAGACCAGUAAUGUACGAUACAUUUGUAAAAGUUUCUUCUCAGCGUAAAGGGAAGCUCCGUGCAUGUGUACAUCCACAGUAGAUAUGAACAGGGAAAAAAGACAAAAAGCUAAAUGUUAUUACCUAAUUAUUACCAUUUAUUGGGCUGUAUACUAUUGUUGUUUGUCAUAUUCCUGCGCGAUGGUCUACAAUGUAGGGCGAAGGCAUUCCCACCAAAAAAGGCGUCAGUGGAAGCGUGAUAAUUCGAAUACUAGGCAGAUUUAACAAAGACACUGCGAAAGCGCACCGGAAAGACUGAACGCGACUUCCGGUGUCCAAUUUGUCGUUCUGGUAUUGGCCAUGUAAGUUUUAAGACUGUUUUGGUUCUUCUCGCGACUUCGUCACGCUGUAAUCCUGUUUUCUUUGCUAAAUCUGCCUACUACGUAGGCGUGGUAUUUGUACGCCCGUGGGGCUCCUGUUCUGGGAGAGGCAGUGUAAUGGGCGUUUUUUCAACUUAUGUCCACAUGGCCAUUAUUACUUUAGAUUGCUCGUCUGGAGGCUAAGGUGUCUGGCUACGAACGAGCGACAUUUGGUACAGCAAGCCGUGUUACUACUCCGAGAGGGGCGCGUCCAGCAACACAUAUCCGACGAGUAACCUCACCCAGAACUGUCACCAAAACGUCUGCCAGCGGCAUGAAGAAAAGCACUUCAGAUCAGAACCUUCAUAAUUUGACUAGUAAUGGCCCACUUGUUUCGUUCACUCAUGUCAGUACUCACGACAUGACUGAGAGCCACUCGUAUCCUCCCAUGCCCUCUAUACUUGUAAGCCAGGAUCAUGAACACUCAGUACACAGUCACAGCUCAUAUGCGUACCCUCAAGACCGAACUAGAAGCGUUCAGACCAGCCUAGAAACUCUCGAGGGACUCUUGAAACAGGCUAACAUGGAGAUGGCGCGAGAUAGUUUACCCAUGCUUCUAAAUUCCUCUACUUCGCAAGCUGGUGACGUCACACUUUCUGCCGCUGACCUUAACAGCACGCAGCCGUCACCACCCCAAAAGGAAGAGCGCGAGAAGAUGCCAGAAAUCAUAAAUGGUGGCUUUGGGAAAAAGGACGAGUCAGUCAGCGGUUCAUAUGAGAACCUUCAUGAACAACUUGAGAAAAAGAAAGCUUCUCUAGGAAUGUCACGCGAGAAAGUGGUGGAUGCUGAUUCGUUAGAUCCAGACAAAUGGUAAGUUGUAGUUUUAGAUGCGUUUUCGGGUGGUAAUUUACCAAUUUGCCUUGAAAGGUGAGCGCAAAGCGUUUAACAACCUCUCCACUGCGCUUCAAGUUGUAUUUAUUUUACCGUCAUUUAAUCCUCUGUUAAGCCUCCGGGAGGGUAGGCCUAUCAUGAUUGAAUUCAGUGAAACAGGGCGCUACACUUUUUUUAACAACUAGAGGAUGGUAUCAGUUCUCCAUAAAGAACUAGAACACUAAGUGGAAAAGCUUGAGCUGAUGAAGUCGGAAGUCAUUCAGCCGAAGAUCAAAAACAAAUCCGAAUAGUUCCAGCACGUAAAUAAAUCAUACCGAAUAAUAUCAGUCCACGUGAAGCGCCACAGUCGUGAUUGAUUAAGCCAGUUUACCAUUUCAUAAUUUAGUUUUGAAGACUGUGGGUAGAGGCGAAAGGAGGGGAGCUGAAAAGAGAGGGGAGGAUGCUUAAUAACUUUCUUCCCCCAAAAAAGGGGGCUGAAAAGAGGAUUUAAUGGAUGAUGUUUAGUUUACUAGGUUUUGAAACACUUGCUCUUGUCUUAGACGUUUCUCCGCUCAAGCUGUUUCUCUUCAGGAUACUUUCUCUUUCUCCUUAGAUUCAGAAACGUCUAGGGGCGUGGCACCCCCUUCUUGGGUCUCGAACAGACCCCUUGGUCCUGUCUUAAAUACUUUUUCCUCGAGUGAUGGCAACUUAUUUUUUACACAAAUUGGUAAACAUUGAAGCAAACAAGGAAGCAUAGCCAAUGUUUUCUGUGACUUACUUUAGCAUUGUUUUUCUCGUAGUCGUGCAAGCUUACAGCAACGCUUGGCUCUAAAUGAGGCGAGAAGGAAAAACGUUGAUAAACAGUUAUUGGAGAUGCAACAAAGCACUGUAUCAUAGGACAUAUGCCCACAGGGAUACCAGCGCCAACGUGUUCAUUGCAAUUGCUAGAGAAAUAUUCUACACUGCACAGCGUCGAAGGAUUGCCUGCGUUAUAUUCACAAAGCCCAAGAGUAGAAUUUCAAUCUACAAUCAAGACCGCGGAAUAUGUUAGGAUUAUUCAAUAAGCCAGUUAGUUAGGUUGAGUUAGCAUACGUUUGUUCACUGUAAAUACAUCGUAUCAACUGCCAUUAACCGCGAAUCGUACUCUUUUAAAAAAGCUUAUUUAAACAACAUUGAAGCGAAAAAGUUAUUAAGUACAAUAGAAGCGCCUUAACGUGCUAAAGAUACAAGGAUCGUCACGCUGGAAAAUAGAUAUGCUCUUGCCAAUAAAGCGGGAGAACUUAGCAUAAAAAUACAUCUACUCCCCUCAUUAGUCAUUGCAUACGACGACAGUUUCAUAAACUGAAUGCUGUUUCAUGCAAUACACAACUCGCACCUACACAGGCAGUCACGUGGAACAUACGCGUCACACAUUAACAUUCCUUUUAGUGUUGGUACCCGUCAGAUAUGUGUUGGUGAAGGAAACAAAGAGAUCUAAUAUAUUUUUAUAUUUGAUACAGACGAUUUUCGUGCGAUUUCUAUGAUCGAUAAGGAUUGCAU